AUAUUUUUAAAAAUGCCAAAUUAUUGCAUCUCACAUGUUGCAACUCUCUACUGUGUCCGAUUCGCUCCUCCUCCUCCUCCUCCUCCUCCACCACCAGCACUGUGAAUAUCGAUUGAUUCAUCUCUCUCUUCCUGUUCCACAGUCGAAACCCUAAACCCAUACCAAGAAACCAGAUACUAUCAUCAGAGAAACCAACAAUGCCGCACAGAACUCUUGAUUCGCGUCACUCCAUUGAGUCCUGCACAUUCCAACUUCACAGCUGGAGGCCAUUUCACCUCCCAACUUCCACACCCAAAUUCCUCGACUCCGAUACCUCUAAACCCUACACCAAGAGGCCUUGUCUCUCCGACCGAACCACUUCGUUCCCUAUCGACUCCCUCGACAUGUCGAGGCUCAGCUUGUUUGACGAUGAUCGCUCCAUGUCCUCGCACAAGCGUGAGAGUCUCCGCUGGAUCGCUCGGAAGAGGCGCCGCCGCUUGUCGCGGUCGAUUUCUGGGCGGAGCAGUGAUCGGAGUGGGACUCGCCGGCGGUGCUGCUCUGUCGGGGCUUCGGCGGCUUAUGCUACGUGUUCCGAUAUUCCGGUGGCGGCGGGGACCGAUUCGAGUGGGGAGUUGUUUGUGAAUGGGGACGCCAAUUGGGCUUCGGAUGUGAGCGAGGCUGCUAAGAAUUCGAGGAGGGAGAGAGAUGGUGGUGGGGGUGGUGGGAGUGGGGAAAGAGAGAAUUUGAUUACUGGUUUUGGGCAUAUUGGGAAUUUGGAUGGGCUGGGUAAUGAAUCGGGGUAUGGGAGUGAACCGGGAUAUCGGGGUGAUGCAGAAUUCGGAUAUGGUGAUGAGCUAGAUGAAGAAGAAGACGAUCAUCGGCUCAUGUUUUGGGGCACAGAUUCUAACAUGGAGAUGGUUGGUGAGAACACACUCCAAAAGACCCAUCACAGAGGCCGGCGUAAGAAACACGAUGUGCGAAUGAUUGAUCAACCGCGGAUGCAUUUUCAGCUCCCCAUCCCUAGAACACGUCCAUGGCUUGCAGUUGUAGAGAACCCCUUUAGAUGCAAAAGGGUCCCAAAUGCUUCAGAAAUAAAUGGAAGCCAAGAUUAUUAUAUAUGAGCUUGAAGCAUGGCACAUAUGGGCACUAAAAUUUUGUGGGGUUGGGACUACAUGGUUUGAUUAAUGAAAGUUAAACAGUGUUCGUCUAAUUUUAUUUGCAGUAUUUUAUUGAUCAAUCUCUCUCCAUAUAUUGUUCUCUCUCCAAAGGAACUUUCAUAUAAU